GAAUGGUUAGUCACAAUGAUGGAUACAUUCAUGGUCCGCGGCACCAACAGUCCCAUGCAAUGGAUUUUAGAUCUCCGCACAUAUGGGCUAAAAGUCCACUACAAUUCGACCACUCCGGGCCACGUCGGUUGGAUGAAUCAUGAUCAGCUGCUGUACAAAGACCUCAACUUCACUGUGCGUGAUUUCAAAGCCUUCAUCCAUGGGCUGGUGAGCACCACCCGGCAGCUGCUGUAUGAGGAGCUACUGUUGGGCUCCAAGGCUGGCGGUGCCGCCGUGCCAGAAAUUCCAUGGCAGGAAAUCCGCGAUGAUCCGACCCAGCGAGGCCAUGGAUGGAACUUUUUGCAAGAUCCCCGCACACAGUGGCCGGUAGCUGGCUCCCAGUGGCUGUCGAACCGUGUCCGUACAGAACCCAGGCUCCAGCGUCAGUUCAUCGAGACCCAGACUGGCCGAUUCCGCAUGGGAGCCAUUGAUUCAUACCUGCAGCGGGUGGUACGAUUUCGGGAGAAGCUGUGCAUUGCCGUGCAUAUUAGUGGUGGCCAGCCA